UUCAAUUUAUUUUAGCUGCUUUAAGUAAAAUACAGUCUGAAAGAGCUCUUCAGAAAGCAAAAGAAGCUGCUGAUCGAUUAAAGACUGAAGAACCUGCUACAAAUAAAGAGCCUUCUGAGACAGCAGUUGAAUCAGCUGUUAGCACAAUAACUGAAACAACUGUGACAGAAUCAGUUAAUCCAGAAACAGAACAAGGAAGCACAGUAACAGAACAAAAUAAAGUAGCAAAUCCACCUGAAUGUGAUAACUGCCCAGUUACUGUUAAUGAAGAUAGUACAAUUGUUUCAACAGCUACUACUACUACUGUUACUACUACUACUACAGUAGCUAAUGUGAAAACUGUUACUAUUGUAAAAAUUUCCAAUCAAGAGAAGGAGAAGGAAGAAGAGUUUGUAGAGCAAGAAGAAGAAUCAAAAGAAGAAAAAGAUGCAGAAAAAGAAUGUGAGUCUGAAAAAGAUGAUGAUGCAUCAAAGAAAGAUAGUGGAAUGUGUGUCAUUCGUACUUAUAGCAGACCUAAAAUUGAGGAAGGCAAUAAUUCAAAAACUGGAAUUGUUACUAGAUCCAAGACUGGUUCUCUUCAACCAAGAUCAUUCAAUAUAGAUUCUUAUGCCCUUAGAGGAUUAAGUGGACGAAAAAAUGAAGAAAGUGAUUCUGUAUUAGUUAUUAAUAAGGAUGGUGAAAUAACUAAAGUAACAAAACCCAAACUAGGAGCAUUACCAAUAACUUCAGUCUAUUUUAAAUUAGGAAUGGAAAGUAAUUAUCGUAAUUAUUCAAAUCAAUAUACAACGAAUUCACUUGCACUUAAUAAGCACCAGCAUGCUGAAGAUCGAGAUAAGAGACGUCAUUUAUCUCAUAAAUUUAGUUUGACAACAGCAAGUGAAUUCAAAUGGCAUGGUACUACUCACGGAAAUCGAUCCCUUACUGUGACAACACUUCGACAAACUACAUUACAAUUAGAGAAUAGUGUUCCGUCACCAUUUUUGCAUCCAAACUGGGCUAUACAUCGCACCAAUUGGACAAAGGCAGUUAACAUGUGUAGUUCAGCAAAAGAUUUUGCACUUGCUUUAAGUAUUUUGGAAGCUGCUUUAAAACCAGUAUUAUUUAAUAGUAUAUGGAGUGAAUCCUUAGGACAUACUCGUUUUCAGCGUACUACUUUAGCUGAAAGAGAAGAACGUAAAAAACAAGAAAAACGUGAGAAACGAGAAAUGAUGGAAGAGGAUAUGGAUCGUACAAUGUGGGUGAGAUAUACAUUGGGAUUGAAACAUCAGGUUUGGAAACAAAAAGGAGAAGAGUAUCGUAUCAGUGGACAAGGAGGUUGGUUUUGGAUUAGUAAAACAAAAGUCAUUCGUAAAGAUCCUUGUCAUAAAUUAGGAUUAAGAGGUGGACCACAAAAAGUUGUUAUCUCCUUGAAAGGUCUUACAAAAAUAAUACCUGUAGAAGAUAUUUUAAAAGAUAUUCCAAAAGAUAUUCCUUUGUCAAAUAAUCAGCAAACAACUGAAUGUGAUGUAAAAAGUUCAGUGCCAAAGACUUUAGAGAAUGAAAUAGAACCGAAAAAAGAAAUUGAAAGUACAAUGGAGUUGAAUGACAAUGUAGAUGAUAAAAAAAUUGAUUUGGAAAAUGAAAAAAAUGAAAUGAAUGAGGAAAAAAUUGAAAUUAAAAAUGAACCAAUGAGUAUUGAUGAUAAAGAAUUAAUAAAACAAGACACUGUUGAUAUUCCAGUAGAAUCUGAUAAAGAUGAAAAAAUACUUACUCCUGAUAAAAUUAAUACACUUACUAUAUCUCAAAAAGUCAAUUUGGAAUUAAUUGAUGUUUCAGAAGCUCUUUCUUCAUCUACUCGUUUGCUUUAUCCAAAAAUUGCCAAAACAGGAAAGAUUGAUAAUUUUCUUGAAAGAAGAAUAAAAUUAAAAGAAUUAGAAGCAAAUGAAAAUAGUAAGUUAGAACAAAAUACUAAAAUUCAAAGUAAUGUAAUAAAAAUUCAAGUAAAACCAGAUCUUUCAGCCAAUCCUUUAGGAAAUGUUAAACUAAUUUUGAAAAAAGAAAUACCAAAUAAUGCUAAUAUAAAAUUAGUAUGUGCAAAUGUAGAUGAAGCAAAAAAAUUAGAAAAUGGUAUUUUAAGUCCUGAUGAUGAAGAUAGUAGUGAAAAAACAUCUAAUAAAUCUGUAAAAUAUUUAAGUUGUUGUUAUUCACCUUUAUGUAGAUCAAAACCUCAAGUAGACUCAGAAGAUUUUCAAUUUCAGGCAUGUUAUUCAACAGUUUGUAGGACUAAAAGUAAAUUAUCAACAUCUGCAAUUAAAAAUGAUAAAAUUAUUGAACAUGAAAAACCAGCUUCUGUAAUCAAACAAAGUAUAUUAAAUAGUAUUCAUUGUAAAAACAUUUUAUUAAAGACAGCCUUACAAAAUAAGAUAAAUGCUGUUUUGAAUGGUAAAGAUCCUAAAAUAGUAACUACUCCCCCAUCGUUGGGACCAAUUACAUCAUUACAUGAUAAAAAUGCAUUAUUAGGAGCAAGUGAUUCAACAGAUAUAUUAGAUAAAGAGUGUAUCAAUGCUGAUAAUAGUGACAAUCUAACUGUGACCAAUCAUACAAAUUUACAAGAUAAAUUAAUAGAAAGUUUUUUGUCAAAUCCUUUAGAUAUCUCAGAAACAAAUGAUGAAAUAAAUGUUGAUCCUGUCACUAUUACAGAUAAAAGACAAAAUGCAGAAUCUAAUUUGGCAUUAGAUAAUGCAUUUUCCACAGAAUCAAAAAUUGCCAAAAUUAAAACUGUCAAAUCUGAUACAAGUGGAAAAAUUUAUUUAGCAAAAAUCACCAAAGUAGUCAAAAAACCAAAAAAGAUGAUUAAAGGUACAUUACCACCAUGUAAUACCUUUUCAAGUGGCAGUAAAGGAAAAAGUAUUUUAAUUUUGCCUAGACAUGAACUAAGAAAACUAGCAAGACGGUCUGGCAUAAAAGAAGUAGUUGGUUUUAAUUAUAAUGCAAAAUUGAAUCAGUACAUUUGGCCUUAUGGUACAUGUCCCCGUCCUUUGUUUAAAACCUGUUGGAAGCACAGAAACCAAACAUUAACAUCUAUUCAUUCUGCUGCUCUGCAGUUGAGAGUUUUAUGGGCGUGUUUGCGUUGGGAUGAUAUGCAAGCAAAACCACCACCAAGUGGAACUAACACAGUUACUACAGAAACUGAAGUACAGACAACUGAAUUACUCAAACGUCGAGAUACAGGGCAAUUUGGUCUGAGAUCUGAAUAUUUAAUAAGAAGAAUAACAGUACCAAUUGAUCUUCCUACGAAACCAAGAGAAAAACUUGCACCUCAAAGAAGUGGCUUGAGAGAGAGACGUAGACCUGAAUCUCCACAGAGCAAAGGUCCAACAGUAGCAGAAGUUUGGGUUCCAGAAGAAGAUUUGGAACUUUGGGAAAUAAAACAAUUUGGAGAAAGAUUGGAAAAACAACAGCAAGCUGUUCGUGAAAAAGUUGCACAACAACAAGCUCAACAAAGUGCAGAAAAGAUUCGUGCCCAAAUGGAAGCUCAAUUAAAACAACAAAGGGCAGCAAUGCAGCAAAAAAGAUUAGAAUCUUCGCAACAGUUAGCAUCAUCCAAGGGAACUAAGACAGUAACCGUUACAGUUGCUGCUACCACUGCAUCAACUACAGGAACAACAAAUAAUGGAACUACAGUGGCUGUUGUUUCUUCUGGUGUAAAAUCUGGCUUGUCAACUUUAGUAGGCAGUCCGUCUACUUCAACUUACAAAGGUGUGCGGCGUAUAUUUACUAGCAGAACACCUAAAACUGAUACACCAACAGGUCAAACUUCAACUACAGCUUCUGGUAAUUCUACUAUUAAGCUUCCUAUCACUGCAACAAUUCUACCUAAAUCUCCACAAUUAAUUGUUCGGCCAAGUACUGGAGGUACUGCAAAUACAACCCCUACACUUUCAAAUGCUCGUCCUACUGUAUUGACAGUUAGAGGUGUUGUUCCCCAAGCCACAACACAGCUAAGUGGUCAAGCUGUUCGUCCAGCUGUUGUCCAGACACAACAAGCACAAGGCUCACCAAUGCGUACUCAGAUACAGAUUAUUCAAGGUCCAAAUGGACAGUUACAAGUUAGAGGAUUAAUGCCUGGUCAGCAAUUAAUUCGAUUAUCUGAUGGACGUCUUCAAUUACUGACGUUACCAACAGUAUCAAAUACUGUUCAACAGUCAACAGUACAACAAGAACAAGGUGCACAAUCAACCCAACAACCAACAAUACAAUUGACAACAAUCCGUCCUGCAAUUUCAUUAGCAGCAGCAGUUUCUUCCAGUAGUCCUACCAUAGGUACAAUAACUUCUGCUGUAGGUACAACUAGUAUAUCUGGAGCAACUACUCCUGUUGCAAUAUCACUUCCCACUGUAGCAAGUGUAGCACCUACUGGAACAAUUCAGUUGGUUUCUUCUCAAGGACAAACAGCCCAAAUUAAACUUCAAACACCUGCUGCAAUUUCUACUAAUCUUACUGCUACUGGAUCACCUGCAGUUGCAACAUCAUCCACUGUUGUUUCUUCUCCUGCUGUGUCUGUUGGCCCAAAAAUUAUACAGAUACGUCCCCAGGUUGCAACUUCUGUACAGCAGUUAACACAGCAACAACAAAUUUUACCUGUACAUGCACAAAUAAGAGUGAGACCAGUAGUUCAGUCAUCGGUACCACAAGUUCGUCUUCAAACAGCCACUGUAACUAUUCCUGGUUUGGGAACUGUUGUUACAGCUCCUGUUGUUUCUGCAUCUGCACCAGUCAGUGUAACUGGACAAGCCCAACAAAUUACUAAUUCAAAUCAACAAUCUGGCACAACACAAGCAUCAUCGAUAGUGACAACACAAACUACAGUUCAGCAGACACCAAAGAAAUUGAGCAAUUCUACUACCACAUGUGUUAAUGUUAUACAGUCUAAACAAACUCCAUCCAAAGUUCCUUCUUUAAAAUCUGCAAAUAAUUCUCCUCAAGCAGAUGCUACAACUCCAACAAAAUCUCCAACAUCGGGCAUGUUGUCACCACCAAAUUCUCCUCAGUUUGUCCUUACUCCUGCAAUUACGCAACAAAUUGUACGUCAAGCACUAAUGAAUCAACAGACUUCACCUGAAAUUCAGCACAAACUUCUUGCUCUUCAACGCCAUCAUCAACAACAAAUGCAAAAACAAUUAGAAGCAGAAGGGAAAAGCCAUGUAAAUAAAAGUGGACCAACACAUAUUUCUUUAGCGGUAGAUAAGUCCAAAGGAAAACCAUUAACUCCAGAACAGCGUGAAGAUAGUCAAAGACUUGCUGUUUGUCAACAAGUUCUUAAAGGAAUAAUGGAUAAAAUCGAACGAGAAGAACGAAAUAAUCAGCGUCGAUUAAAACAGAAGGAAACUGCCGAAGAAAGGAGAGUACGUGCAAAUGCUCAGAAAUUACAAGCACUCCUCUUUAAACACACUGAACUUUUGAAAAGGGACAUUAUGAAAAAAAGAGCACUUAUUGAAAAAGAACUUCAACUGGAAAUUCAGGGAGAAUUACAGGAAGAACUUAAAAAUAGGACACCUUCCACUCAAACUAUCAGUAGUCCAACAGCUCCUGCAAAGAUACUGCCUUCAAGACCAACGAUUAUGCAAUCGUUAAAAUUAGACAAAGAUAAAGUGGCUAAAAAACGAAAAUCUCAUUCUAGUGAUAGUGAUUCAGGAGAUGCAAGUGAUUCAUCAAUUCCAAUGUGUGUGAAAAAAUUAAAAACAAGUCAUGUACCUCCUCCAAAAAUUCGAACGCAGAAGCUUUAUUGUAUUUGUAAAAAGCCCUAUGAUAGUACAAGAUUUAUGAUUGGCUGUGAUCUUUGUUCAAAUUGGUUUCAUGUUGAUUGUGUUGGGUUAACAGAAAUAAGAGCUAAAAAAAUGGAUAAAUACAUCUGUGCUGAAUGUGAUACUGCACAUCAAAGUACUACGGAGGAACUUUAUUGUCUAUGCAGGCAACCAUAUGAUGAAUCUCAAUUUUACAUAUGUUGUGAUCAGUGCCAAGAUUGGUUUCAUGGAAGGUGUGUGGGUGUUCUACAAAGUGAAGCUGAUUCUAUUGAUGAAUAUAUUUGUCCUAAUUGUCAAAAGAAUACAGAUAUUAAUCAUGCCAAUCUCAAACCAUUAGAACCAAAAGAUUAUGAAAAUCUUAAGAAGCUGCUCAAAAGUCUUCAGUCUCACAAGAUGGCUUGGCCAUUCCAACGACCAGUUGAUAGGAAAGAAGUACCAGAUUACUAUAUCGUUAUAAAAGAACCAAUGGAUUUGAAGACAGUGGAACAGAAAUUAAAUAAUCGUUUGUAUCAUAAAUUAGCAGAUUUUAUUGGUGAUAUGACAAAAAUAUUUGAUAAUUGCCGCUAUUAUAAUCCACGGAAUUCCUCAUUUUAUCAGUGUGCUGAAGUUUUAGAAUCUUUCUUUGUACAAAAAAUCAAAUGUUUCAGACAAAGUAUCACAUGAUGAUUGGUAAAAAAAAAUUUUCCUGCAUUUAAUAAAAUCAUCUGGUCAAAUUCUUCCAGAUAUACAUUUAUAUAUCGUGCAUAGUGCAAAUUUAUAGGCGUCACGGUACCAGCUUUUAACCGUCAGACAUCUGAUUUAGCCUGUGUUUUGAUUCUAUGCAGUAAACAAUGAAAUGUGCAAGGUGUCAAAGGUAAUGUUGACUGAUCCAUUCCACAUCAGAGAGAGAGAGAGAGUGAAAACGCUGUGAUUGUGAAAAGAGGCAGUUAUGUACAUGGGAUUUGCAAUAGUGUUGACAACUUUUUAACUUCAUUUGAACUUUGUUGUGUAAAUAUUGGUUAACUCCAAAUCACAUCAAACUCAAAAAUAUGGGAGAAAGGAUGCAAAAUUUCAAGGCACAAUAAGUCGCUUCAAGUUAAGAGCGAUUCUCAAAAAAUGGUAGAUUACCGAAUAAAAAAUUCUAUUUCGGUUACAUUGCACUUUUAUGUGAAUUACUGUAGAGACAUAUAUUGUGAAUAUCAAAAAGAUUAAAAAUCAGAUGAAGAAAUUGUAUUUCAUGUCCAUGCUAAUUAACUCUGCAAACAAGACCAGUGUGUUUUGAUAUAUUUGUCUGCAAAUUGGCACCAUCAGAAACCAUUAUCCUUGUAAUGUAAUCCCCUAAAGUAAUAACGAAACAAAGAUAACAUGGUAGUUUUGUAAGCAAUUCUGUGCUGUACUAUAUACAAAAAGACAUGACUUUCUGUCGUUCUCAUGGGAUGGAUUAUUUUUUUACAAUGCAGACAAUGGAGAGGAAACUAAAAGCACCAAUCCCAUCUUCAAUAAGCACAUUGUAAUUGUCUGUUUCAUGAGUUUUACAUCUCACAUUUAUAGAUCCAUCAGAGUGCUUCAUUCUGUUUUCAUGGCUGUAUUUAUUUAGUAAGACAUUGAUGAUACUAUCAUUAGCAAAUCUUCAUAAAAACAAUCUUCAUAUUGUUCAAACUGUCCUUGCAGUUGUACAAACAUUUAUGUCAUGAUGCUUUUCUGUAUCGGUGAACAGAAAAAUCAUAUUCUGUUCCGUAGACAGUAACAUUUCUUGAUAUUGUGUAAAUGUCAUUUGUAUCUUUAAUAAAUUAUCUACAGAGUGAGUUUGAGUCUCUUCAGGGUACGUUUACUUGCCUAUCAUUGAUAACGGAAAAUUGUUCAAAGUAUCAUGUAAAGGACUCAAAUCGUUUAAUAUUAAAACAUUCUUUAAACAUAUCGACUAGGGUUUCUUAUUGUAAAAAUAUUAGUUCGUUGGAAAACUAAGCAUUUUAUAAUGAUAAUUAAAUCAAUUUCUAUUUUAUACUGUUUUUCUCUCUCCAGUAAUUGAACUCCAAAUUCAUGUUUUAAAAUUCUUUUGUUUCUUACUUUUUGAAGCUUUACUUCUUCUGCAUAAAAUAAUAUCUUUCCUUUUUUAACAAAAGUGUAACAUAACAUAAAAAUUAAAGCAGAAUAACAUAUUUUAAACACAUUUCAAAAAGAGAUACGUUAAAGAAGGGAUAUUAAAUGUAAACCUUUUACACGAAAUUAGGACGGGCACUCACAAUUAUUUUGAUCUGUUCAUAACCUUCCAUCAAGAAUAAAAAGAAAUUAGGGAAAAGAAAAAGCAAGAAGCAUGUGAACACUUGAAAUAUUUAGAAAGCAAAAUACGAUCAAAAUAAUGCAAUGACAUGAUCGGGAUAUCCACGUCUAGUCAUUUGGUGAGAGCCAGUAAAUGGAAGAUCGUACCAAUUUUUAAAAAAAUUUAUGAUACUUGAAAUUAAUAAAGUAUAUUUAAAGUCAAUAAACUGUUACUUAUGUUGCACGUUUAAUGUGGCGAUAAACUACUUGAACAGAGAGCAACCUCGUAUACAAUUGUCUUUAUCUAAAUUGCUUUCCCCUAGUUAUUGGCAAUAAUGAACCGAGUACUUAUAAUGAAAGUAAAAUUUUAUUGAAUUUCUUAUUUAAUUAUCGGUACAGCAAAACUAAAACAUGUAACACUUCAUUACGAAUUUUUUCGUAACAUUAAUUUAAUUAUAAAUAUUAAUGCUAAGUUUUAUAUACGGUGGAAAAAACUUCAUAUUCGCGGAAUGAUUGACAUUUAGACCACUCUCAAUGACUCAUCCAGGUUGGAGAAUAUGGAUGCUAUUCUAGUCAGAUUUGGGGGGCGCGUCCCCCUAUCCUUUUUCGGAAAUGUUAAUUAUCUUAGAAUUUCUUAAAUGUUAUCAAAUCAAAGUCAUGCGAUAUGAGUUGUUAUAUUUAAGUAACAAAACCGAUUGAUUUGGAUCAAGAGAAUGCUGCAUCACCAUAAGCACUCCCCUCUGCAUACGCCCGACCACGCUCGUAUAUUGUUUCAUAGUUUCUCCAGUUACGUUUAUAUCGCACGCACUCGUGUAUUUGAUAUCGGUGUGGAUUCUAAACGAAGUUCGCGCAGUUUUAAUCAAUGCUUUUUUAAUUCUUACAAAUUAACAGUCGACUAAACAAAGACUCCAAUGCAAAUAUCAAAAAAGGCCAAAGAAAGGUAA